AUGGAUUCGAUUCUCCUAGCUCAUUUUCAAACAGUUGUUCCACGUUUAGGCGUAAUCUCCACCAUCCAUCACCGGAGUUUCCCCUGCACCAUCGCUCAUUAUAGCCGUCCCCUCUGUAGCAAGCAUGUCGCUGUUAAUUCCACUUCCCGCCGACGACGGCUUGCGGCGGUUGCCUCUUCUGCCACUGCUGACACUGCCAAUUCUGUGCCUCUUCGUGAGAAAACGUAUAACGUUGGUGAUUUUAUGACAAGAAAAGAGAGUUUGCAUGUUGUAAAACCUACAACUACAGUCGACGAAGCAUUGGAGAAACUUGUUGAGAAAAGAGUUACAGGGUUUCCCGUGAUUGAUGAUGACUGGAACUUGGUUGGUGUUGUCUCUGACUAUGACAUGUUGGCAAUUGACUCCAUCUCAGGUGGUGGUCAGCAUGAUUCAAACAUCUUUCCUGACGUUGAUAGUUCUUGGAAAACAUUUAAUGAAAUCCAGAAGCUACUCAAUAAAACUUAUGGGAAGGUUAUUGGAGACCUUAUGACAGAUGCUCCCCUUGUUGUGCGUGAAAACACCAACCUCGAGGAUGCUGUCAGGUUAUUGCUUAUCACAAAGUACCAUCGACUGCCAGUUGUAGAUGGAAGCGGCAAACUGGUUGGCAUAAUAACGCGGGGUGAUGUUGUCAGAGCUGCCCUUCAGAUAAAGCGUGCUAGUGAAAAAAUAUGA